AUGGUUAGUUUAUUAUGUGGGCUCGAUGAGAAAAUUCUCGUAAUAUCCGGAAAAUGGCCAAAUAUUUGUGCAACCGCUAUUGACUCGCUAAACUUUUCACGCCUACAACUCGCACGAGCGUUGAAAGAAGAUCUUGAAGACGCGAACGCGUUACCACCAGAAAAGAGUGCGAUUUUUUCACGUCAAAGGCCAACGAGACACCAAAAUGGUGACGAUGAAAUAAAAGUGCCAAAUCAUUUUCACAUUCCAAGACCCACGAGUUUGAAAAUUCCGAUGCCACUCACCACCCAACCCGAAGGAAAUGCAAAGUCACCUCACCUUAAUGAUACCACACCCAAUAAACGUUCCUCGAAACCACAGCAGCUGAAUACCAACGCGAGAAACAGUGUCGCCAUUUUGGGUGACAUCAAUCUGAAUGACCUUGGAGUCGCUGGUAACAGACAUUCAACAUUGAUGGAUGUGCGGAAAAGUAUUAUCGAAAGUAGACAUAUGGCCAUUCCCUUUUCACCCUCGUCAAGUCAUCGAACUAAACAAUUGAUGCAUCAACGAUCAUUCUCGAGUGGUAAAUACGCUCCUCUAUUUACAUGUAAUCAUCAUCCGCCAAAGAAACAACUACCACCACCACCAACACAACUGGCGAGUACAAUUGAUGUUAGACCACCUUCAAUAGUGGAGAAUCCCCAAAGCCCAACUCGUCUACAUACACAAAGAGAUCGUCGACCUUUAUCAAGCUUACAAAUUUCAACAAAAUCUCCCUCCAGACCACAAUCAGCCUACGCUAAUAAUAAUUCCACUAGCCCUAUUCCGCCACACUCUCGUCCAUCUUCAACUUACACAUCUGAUGAUGAUAAAGAUGAGAAUAAACAACGAAAAAACAUUGUCAUAUCAUCCUCAUUACAGGAACAAAAAUUCUCACUACUACCACCAAUUAAAGGAAUAUCAUCAUCAACAUCACAAAAAAAAUCUGAUGAAUCUGAUCACGAAGUAAUAGAAAACAUCAAAGAGGAAGAAAGUGAUGGAUCUGAUUACGAAAAAAUAGGAAAGAUUAUAAUGAGACGAAUUUCAUCACCAAGACCACAGCUUGAUAAAGUAAUUGAGAAUCCGGCACUUAAAAUUACACUUCAUCCCUCGAAUGAUAUUCAUCGACUACCCAAAGAUAAUCAUGUUGCCGCAUGGAUUACUGAUGUAUCAAAACAAGCGUUGACGGUUGAACCAGUAAAAACCGCACGACAUUCUCAUCGACGCCGACAAUCAAAUGUUGAACGAAGCACCCAACGGAUGUCAUCACAUGAACAUCAAACCCGACGACCAAGAUCUGCGUUAUUCAAUGAUGAACUACUCCCUCCAUCACCACAUUUCGCUAAACCUCGACAACGAAGUAACAGUGACAAUACUUCCGGUUCAAGACCAAAAAGUCUAUAUAAUGCACCUCCAUUACUUGCCCCAAUUCCAGUAUCAAACAGUCGACAGGAUUCUGGAAUUUGGGCAAAAGAUACCUUACUGGCAUUGAGCGAGGAUUAUCAAUCACUAGCCAGUCUAAUGCACAACAAUAAUAGUUACCCGAGUCCAGGGACUACACCUCCACCAAAAGGACCCGGUGAAUUCUAUAUGAAUGGAAGUCGUAGUAGAAAUGGAAGUAAUACUUCCCUUAAUAAAGCAUUAUUGAAACAUGAUAGUGGAAGUGAUGCAUGGCGAGGACACCGUCGUGAGAAUAGCAGUGGAAGUAGUGCAGGUAGUCACCGUAGUUUUUAUGCUAGUAGCGGCAACAAUUCUCCUGUUCACAUGAUGCAUUCUCAAGGAAUGAGAUCCCGUGAUUCUUUGAAUAAUGGAUUCUCUAAUGGUGGUUCGUCGUCUCCAAUCAAUCCUCGUCGGCGUACUUCCAUGGAAAACGUUCAUUCUAAUCGUGGAUCUGUUUAUAUUUCUCAACAAUCAAAACAUCGUACUCGAUGA